UACUUUAAUGAUAUUUUUUAAAAAUUGAAAUUUUUUACCUAUAUUAGAGCAAUAGAAAAAGGUUUGAGCCUAUUAAUAAGGAAUUAUUGAAUUCAUCUGGAUUAGGUUAAAGAUAAAAUAAUACAUGCUCAAACAGUAAGCAGACUGGCACUUGAUUAAAAAUAUGUAGGGCUUAUUUUGAAAGUAAUAUAUAAACAAAAACUACACCUAUACAUGUUUCCAUUACUAUAUUUUUACAGUUUUUUAUUCAUAGCUACUGUGUAUUAAUGCAUCAAGUAACUACAUGAAGGGAAACUAAAACUCACAUCUCCUGCUAUUCUGAUUUGUGAUGAUGAUAAAGAACUUUGGAAGCUCAGCAAGUCAAUGAAUUAGCCUACAGGGACUUUCUUCUGUACAAGUCUGUAUUAUACGGGGACUGUUUUCUUCAGGGUUUUUUUUCCCCCUAGAUGUUAAAUUUCCUUACGAACUAAUUGUAUAAUUGCAUUACAUGAAUUAGCAUAGGAGGGAAAUAGUAUAUAAUUAGGUUGUUUCUGAAAAAGAUUAUCUGACAAUGCAGUAAGCGACCAACUAAAGCACUGCCAAGUUUAUAAUUUAAGCAAAUCAAACUUGCUUUAGAUCUGCAAUAUUUAAAUAUUUAAAAUUACCUGGGAAUUCACUUAAGAGGCCAUAUAUUUUCACUUAAAAGUUGGUUUAGGUUUUACCAACUAAAGAGCUUAAAUUUAGAAGGAGCAUUGGACAUGUCACUUAUUUCUUGAUCCUGCCCAGGAGCUAGAAGGUUCUUUUAUUUACGGACGAAUAAAUUAAUUCAAUAGCGAAGAUUUCACAUUUCUCUCCAACAUCUUCUUCUUCGUCUUUAAAUAGUCCCACCUGCUGCAUAAAGUUCUCCUGCCAGAGACUUAAUCGGAACAAGAGCUGCGACCUAGGCGGCAACGCAGCAACGGGAGAGCCUUGAACCCACAGUACCAUAGCAGCAACUCCUUCUGCAACACCUUCAAAGUUCUUGGUCGAACUAACUGGCUUUAUAAAAUAAAGCUUAACUUCACAGAAAAGUCCCUUUGGUUUCCCUUCCCUUUGCCUCAAAGCCACUGAUAAUCGCAGGGGAGUAUCUACCAGCUUCAACCACUUGAAAAUGAAUUCCGGGACUCCAAAAGGAUUUCACAUGGCUUGGAAACAGGAAUCAGAAUCUGCAAAAAGAGAAGGAGCUGCCAGAGUCAUUCAGAAGGCCUGGAAAAGUUUCAUUAACAUCACUGUAUUCCAGCACUUUAAAAGUCUGAUUAAUAUAAGACGACAGGGGGAGCCACGCCAGAUAGUGAGGUACAUUAAUCCGAAAGAGGCAGAACUUCUAGAUGCUGCUGCUGGCAUUAAUGUACGAUUCAGAUUAGGUGGUGUUAAAUUUCCACCUGAAAUAUACUAUAAAAUUUUCACCCACAGACAUAUUGAAGAUCUGUGUGCUAAUAGUCCUAGAGAUUACACAAAACUUCCAGCAAAACAUACAUCUCAUAUUAAAAGUGAUAAUCUUCAGGAAGAGGAUUGUAGUGGCUGGUAUCGUCGUAUAGAGAACAAUGGCUGGAGGCCUGUUUCUGAUAGAUUUUGGAUGUCUACUGAAAAUGUAAUGGUGGGAGACAAAAAAGAAUGUGAAUUCCAUUUCUCUAAACUCAAGAGAAGGCAAGAUAUGGAAAAGAAAAGAAAAAUUAGAAAAAUAGAAUGGAUGAAGCAAAUGUACUACGCCGGAAGCCUGGAGGCUAGGUCAACAAAUCAUGAAACUCUGGGUUUAAUUCACACAGCAACGAAAGGGCUAAUAAGAGCUAUUGAAGAUGGUGGAAUAGAUUCUGUGAUGGAAUGGGAAGUGGAUGAAGUGCUGAACUGGACAAACACACUCAACUUUGAUGAGUACAUUGCCAACUGGAAGGAAAUUGCUACAAGCAACUCUUCAGCCAACUUCAAAAGUUUCAGGUUUGAGCAAGCACAGGGGAAAAUAGAUGACUCUGAAGAUACAGUGGAAGAAGAAACAGAAACACCAGAAGAUACUUCAUUGCAAAAUAUUUACGAAGGACCAACUUUUACUAGACUAACGCCUGAUUCCACUUACGGAAUAUAAUUAUAAAGUACUUCUUUUCUGAGGUAUUACUCUUCAAGCCGGGAUUCCAUCAAUUAUAGUCAAGAGAUAGUUUACUCUGACUGGAAUGUCUUGUAUGUUCUUCGCACAGCAUCUAGCCCAAUUAAGUAAGAAGGAUUAAACAGAAAUGGAACAUCAGACUGAAUACAGUAGUCAUGGAAAAAUACAGAAAUUAUUCCUGGUAUUCUGAGAAACUGAAAUAUUCUUAACAGUCACACUUGAAGAUAUACUUAGGUGCAAGAACUCCCUCAAUGUGAUUGUUUUUCUUCUUUAUUUGUGCAUUUCUGUCAGGCAGAGUUCUUUUUCCAUUAAAAAAAAGGAAAAGGGCAGUGUAUAUAGUGAGUAUUCAUUUUUUUAGACAGCAAAAGCCUUACCAGAAGCCCCAGUGCUAGUCACCUUAGGCAUCCGUGAACAAAACUGGGUCACAGGGGCACCAUUAGCUAAAGAAGCCAGAGAGGCCAAAAUCUGUCUUUCAGCUUCCACAGUGGGAAAAAUAAAAAACUGAAGAUGAUUGUCAAGUCAAGAAAUAGAUUUACCAUACCCUCCAAGUCAUUCCCAUCAACACACUGAUCACAUUGGUAUCUUUAAAAACCUAUUUACAAUCCUAACAGACCAAGGCUUAUACCCCCAAGUGCAAAAAUUCAGCAGUCAGAAGACGUAAUGUGUAUUUAAGGAAAAAUUUAGGUUCAUAUAAUUUACAUACACAUUUACCUGUUGGGAGUACUCAGUUUGAAUUUUGACAAAUGUAUAUUAUGUAUGUAAUUUUCACCACAAUCAAGAUAACUGCAUUUGCAUCACUCCCAAAUCGUGCAUCUUUGCAGUCAGUCCACCUGUCCCACCUCAUGCCCCUGGAAAUGAUUGAUCUUACAAUCACUACAAUUCUGCUCCUUCUAGAAUGUCACAUAAAUGGAAUGAUAACCAUAUAUGUAGCUUUUUUUUUUUUUGGUCUUGCUUCUUUAGCAUUAUGCUUUUGAUACUCAUUCUUGUUGCUUAUUUCAGUAGUUAAUUCCUUUUUUAAUGACAAGUAUUCAGUUACAUGGAACAUUACACAAUUUAUCCAUGCAACCAUUUGGUUGCUUCCAGUUUGGGAUUGUGAAUAGAGCUGCUAUGAAUAUCAAUGUAUAGGUCUUUAUGGGGAUGUAUAUUUUCAUUUCUCUUGGGAAAUACCUGGGCAAGGAAUUCCUGGGGCAAACUAUAUGUUUAACUGUUUCAUUAUUUUUUUUUAUUGAUGUAUAGUUGAUUUACAAUGUU